AUGACGCGGAAAAUCUUCCAGGUGCAAUUGCUCGAGAAUCUCGAGGAUCAGCCGGUUGAGUACGCUGGAAAAGAGUGGGAUUCCGAGAAGUAUCCAUGGCAGACGGUAGCGAAAUUGGUCAUCCCCAAGCAAGAGAGUUUGACGAGAAAACGAACCAAUCCUGGGUUGACGAUCUUCGUAUUGAUCCGUGGCACGGCCUUGUCAAACUUCAACCUCUUGGGAGCCCGAACAGGCUUCGACGUAGAGGUGGGCAAGCUGGCAUUCCAUCUUUUGCGGUGUGGCCGUUGA